UUUUUAAACGUGCACGUCAUCGAAGAAUGAGGAAUUAAGCUUGUCCGCUAGGUGGAGAAAUUUGUGAAAUUGGUAACUGUGAAAAACUGUUCAGGGACAACACCUGCAUUUGUAUGAAUCAGAAAACAGAAAAGCCGACACUAUCAGGUCAACGCCUAAAAACCAGGAAAAGAGAUGAAAAGGAGAAAUACGAUCCUUCAGGAUUCAGGGAUGCAAUUUUGCAAGGUCUUAAUGAAGCUGGACAUAAUUUAGAUGCUGUUUAUAAGUUUCUGGAUACAGCUGGGUAUAAACUUGAUUACAGGCGUUACGGAGAAGUUCUAUUUGAUAUACUACUUGCUGGUGGUCAUCUAGCUCCAGGUGGUACUAUUGUUACUGACGUUGAUUCAAGUAAGCCCCUGCGGACAGAUGUUUGUGUAUUUUCUGCAGGGAAUGACCUUGACUCAGUAAAAGGUUAUGCUCAGCUUAUUACAAAAUUGAUUCGACGGUACAAGUAUCUGGAGAAGACACUAGAGGAUGAAUUCAAAAAGGUGCUUGUCUUCCUAAAGGCAUUUUCUCCCAGUGAGAGGACCAAACUUGCCAAUGUUACCUCUAUUUUGGUUGGGAAUGGCCUAAUCCCUAGUCUGGUAUUGACUAGUUGUCUACAAGAUCACCUGGUCAAAGAAGGUAUUGCUCUUGAGUUUUUGCUGAAUUUUUUUAAGACCUGGCUAGCAGAGAAGGAUGCUCCUACUCUCUGGACAGCUUUACGUAAAGCUCCUUUGGAGUCCAGACUUAUGGACUUUUUCCCAACAAGUCGACGUACACCAGAGAUCUUUUCUGAAACUUUUGAUAACCAUGGUUUAAGCUCUCUCCUCGAAUAUCUGAAAGCCCACCAAAGUACUUCUGUAAAGAAGGAUUUGCAACAACAGGUUGCCCCUCUUCUGAGAAAUGAUGCUUCCACAAAGGAGAUUCUGUUCUUAUUGAAAGACUACCAGAGUAAGCACAAUCUGCCUGAAAAUGAACUAGCAGUCUUGGUUUGGAAGACACUAAUGGCUGCAGUUGAGUGGAAUAAGAAAGAAGAACUGGUUGCAGAUCAAGCUUUAAGACAUUUGAAGAAGUACAGUGCCCUGCUGGAAGCUUUCACUCAAAGUGGGAAGGCACAGCUGUCUUUGCUUGUCAAAAUUCAAGAGUAUUGCUAUACCAAUAUGAACUUCAUGAAUGUUUUCAGAAAGAUUGUUGUCCUUCUCUACAAAACUGAUGUACUGAGUGAAGACAUAAUUUUGAAAUGGUACAAGGAAGCCCAUUCUUCUAAGGGCAAAAUGGUUUUCUUAGAACAAAUGAAGAAAUUUGUUGAAUGGCUUCAGAAUGCUGAAGAGGAAUCUGAAGAAGAUGACUAGAAGUGACUCAUCUUUGUGAUGGUGAUAUCUUCUUUCCUCAAUUCCUAACAACCCUACUGCCACUGGGGAAGGGGGGGGGGGCUCAGAUCAUCUAUUAAAAUAAAAAGUCACUUGGCAACCAGGUGAUGUUUUCCUAGGCAGAAAGAAGCAUUCUUUCUGCUGUUUUUAUUUUACAUUUGAAACUGUGUAUGUAGGAAAGACCAAAGUAGUUUUAUGCUUUUAAUACUAUUUAAAAUGAAGUUUGUAUCAAAAUAUUUUUGUAAGGUGGCUCUGAACAUAUUGCUGAUUAUAAGUAAAUGGCAUAAUUACAUUUAAUUCCAUUGUGUACAAGAAAUUUUGGCUCAAUAGUUAAGAAAAAAAAAUCUGAGAUGAGAUUAAAAUAAAGUAUGAAAAAAACUAAAGCAUCACAAAGUGUACGUGAUGCUUAUUUUGAAGUCUUUUUAUUUUCAUAUGGUGGUAUUAUAUCAUGUUUUUAUAAUGAAUUGGCUAUGUGUGGUUUUGGUGUUCAAGGGUUUUUUAAUCAGAAAAGUGUCAUUAAUGUGAACAAAUAACUGUUAGAAAUAAUUUUGAAAUAAUUUAUGCACAUUGUACUUUCAGUAUUUAAAGCAACCUAAACCAGAAAUUACAGGUCUUACAAAUGUCAGUAAUAACUUUAGAAAUGUGAAAGGUUUUUCAUGUUGCUCUUUAUUCUAUGAUCCAAAUGAUUUUUGGUUGGUUAUUUUAAUGAAAUAUUUGAUUUCCUCUAGAAUGAAAAUGAUAAGUUCUAUGCUCAACAAAAUGUUUUACCACUUAUAUGACAAAUAUAUUAAGCAGGACACUUUUCAAUUUGUAAUUGAUUUUACUCGUAUUUAUAACAAAGAGCACUGUUUGAACCUGAUUUUUGUUCAUGUUUUCACGUUGAAUUUUGAUCUUUGUCAUGGUUAGUAAUCUGUACUAUCGCCUAAUACUAAUUAUUCAGUAGUUACUUUAUGUAUUACAUUCCAAUUACUCUAUAUCAUACCUUUUAGCUGCUAAUGUGUUACUGCUGUCUAUUUGUGGUGGAAGAUGCUGGAAUUCUUUUCUGAUUAUUUUUGUUAUAAAUGCUGCUGUGCUAUCUACUCGACUGAAGAUAUAAAAUAAUUAUUAUCUAGUAAUAAUAAAACAUGAGUUACAAGGUAAUUAACUCGUUAAUUAUACUAACCAUGACAACAGUUGAUAUUCAAUCACAUGACCUUACUGUAACUCAAACUUAAUUUGUACAUCAUUAAUAAUAGUCUAGUUGCUUAACAUACCUCAUUUCUACAUAAUCUGAUGACUGUUAGUCAUAGGAGCACUAUCUGUAUCCUAUUAUUAAUAUCUAACUUCACUGUGACUCUCAUGAUUGUUAGUCAGAGCAACAACAUUUAUAUGUAAGCUAUUUUUUCUCAUGUUCUCUAUAAAGAAUUUGAAACAUACUUUAAUGUAUGACAAAAUUACAUUUGCCAUGCACAUUAUCAUGUAUAAGCAAUGAGAUGGGUUCAUCAAUAAGAUCAUUAUAAAUAAUAGAAGAAUUAGGCUUAAGUGAGUAAGAAUAUUAAAAAUAUAUUACAACCUCACUGUAAUUAAAUUAUAAAAUGAAUGUUACAGAAAGUUACUUGUUUUUCAGAAGAAUAUAUAAACUUGAUACAUAUAUUUCCUACAGAUUCAACAAUGUAAUACUAAGCUUUUUCUCUCUUUUUUUAUACUGAGAUCUCCAGCUUUGCUGUCAUUUCUACAUAAUCUGAUGACUGUUAGUCAUAGGAGCACUAUCUGUAUCCUAUUAUUAAUAUCUAACCUAACUGUGACUCUCAUGAUUGUUAGUCAGAGCAACACUAGUCUUUAUCCUACUAUUAUUAUCAGCCCUCAUUCUCAUGACUGCUAGCCAUAGCAGCUGUAUCCUGUAUCUUAAUAUCAAUAUAUACCCUCACUCUCAUUACUGUUAGCCACAGCAGCUCUCUUCUGUAUUCUACUAUCAAUAUCUACUCUCACUCUCAUUACUGUUAGCCACAGCAGCUCUAUCCUGUAUCCUACUAUCAAUAUCUACCCUCACUCUCAUGACUGUUGGUCAUAGCUACAUUUUUUUCAUGUAGUAAACACCUACUCUCACUUUAAUAACUCUCAGUUAUAGUAACACUUGUGUUUCCUACCACAAACAGCCACUCACACUGUAAUGACUGUUUGUCACAGCACUUUCUAUUUUUUCUAUGUAGUAAACACCUACUCUUACUUUAAUAACUCUCAGUUAUAGUAACACUUCUAUUUUGUACUGUGAAAAUCCACUCUGACUCUCAUGCAUGUUGAUCAGAGCUACACUUCUGUGUGUUUACCAUGAACACCUACCCUCACUUUAAUAAUUGUCAGUCAUAGCAGUGCUUGUGUUUCCUACUGUGAAUGUCCACUCUUACUCUAAUGGCUGUCGGUCACAGCACUUUUCUGGUUUUUAAUGUGAAUUAUUGUGUAUGUGAUUCUCAUAGAAGUUAUUAUUUGGUGUGUGUCUUCAGUAGACAAUUUAAGAAUUAACAAAUUCAGGCUUGCUUUAGUAAAUUUUAAUGUGAGCACUAUAAUUAGCUCAAACUCAGGGCAACAACGUUUUGUCAUUUUGAAAGUUUUAGAAAUAAACUGCAUAUAUCAUUCCUUGUUUUGUAUCUUUCGGAUACAAAGCUGUUGUGUAUGCUCUCAGGAUAGCAUGUAGUCAUAAAAUAUUACAUUGGAACCAUUAAUACGUUCUUUCAUCAGUUAAGUGUAUUGUCCUUUUACUAUUAGUCCUUGUGUUGUGACUACAACUUUCAACCAUAUGCUUGUCAGUUGGUUUUGUAUUGAGCUACAAAUCUCUCAAGUUUUCAGCCUUUCAAACCAUAUUCUGUACACUGACUGUUAUGGUUGUUAAAUUUGUCUUUAUAAGGAAUAAAUUGUCUUUGUUUUUUUCAGCCAUGUUCUUCACCUCAGUCGAGUUAAACUUACCCCAGGAAAUUUUCUAUGCUGUUUUCUUUCUUUUACUGUUAUUAGCUUACACUUUCACCUUCAAAAAAUAUAAGCAGAUAGUUUGACCCACAUUUUCUAUUAUGAACUUGGCUGUUAGAUUUACUUAUUAUGACAUUAGAUUUUAUUUAACAUAAAUAUUUCCUUUUUUAUACACACACUUUGAAGUAUCUUAUGGGUUUGUAUGUGGAUUAAAAUAUACAUUUUAUGAGAUUUUUUUCUUGAAAACUUUUCUCUUUUUCAUCACCAGUUGAUUCUCCAGCCUCAGUCAUACACAUUGUAUGUUUUUGGUAUGCUUUUUAUGUGUAUUUUAUUGAUAUUUAGGUUGUUAAUUUUUCCAUUGAAUCAAUUGAUACUUGAUAUCUUUACCACACCAAUAAAUUUGCUAUUAAGCAUAAUUUAUUUUAAUAACAUUAUUUUUCAUAAAAGCAAUAUCUUUUGUAAUAUUAUUUAAAGAGGGAUCUCUGAUAUGGAUGAUGGUACCAGAUUUACUGAACAUUCUUCCAUAUUCAAUAUUUUUUCACAUGUAACCCUAUUCCAUUUUAGCCAUAAUAAAAUUUUUACUUUGUGUGCUAA